GGCUUUAUCUGCGGUCGGGGAGGAAAGCGGUGUUUCUCCGGUAGCCCGGCCCGAGGAGCGCCCGUCCGCUUUAAUGCGCGAAGAUGGUGAGAUGCGGACUGCCCUGUGACGCGACCCGGUCCCCGCUGCGGAGUGCGGGCUCUGCGGCCGUCUUCCUGCUCACUGCGCUCUGAGGGAGGACGCCGUUCCUUUUCCCCCUUCCAUAAACCUCUCCUUGCUUCCAUGGUGCGGUGGUCAGCGUUGUUUACGGAAGGGGGAAAACAAGGGAGGCAGUUGAGGUCCCAAACAAAAGUAUUUGUAUGACUCAUCCGCCUGGAUUUAAGACGUUCUCUCCUUCUGUCGAGGAGCCUUUCCUUCUCUCUGAAGAAAUCAGAUGCUUGUUCCUGUUCUUCCAGAGGAGGAUGGAUUGAAAGUGGUACGUUUUAGACAUUUUCUGGGCCACCGCUGAUGUUGUUAAGAGACAUAAUGGGGCUUUUUCACUGGAUUAUUGCCAGAAUUAGUUUACACACUGAAACAAUGAGUUGUUAGGCCUCUUGUAUGCGAUAAUGUUUGUCGUGCUUUAAUGUAAACUUGCUGUGGAGGUUUGGCUUAAAAAUUGUGGAGGACGAUCUGCAUCUGCAUCAGAAGAGGUUCUCUUCGUCUCUGGUUCGUGUGGCAACUCCAAUCUGUCCUCGAUGCCUUCAGCCUUGGCCAUCUUCACCUGCCGCCCCAACUCCCAUCCGUUUCAGGAGCGUCAUGUCUACCUGGAUGAGCCCGUCAAGAUCGGCCGCUCUGUGGCUCGCUGCCGGCCAGCUCAGAAUAAUGCGACUUUUGACUGUAAGGUGCUGUCCAGGAACCAUGCACUUGUCUGGUUUGAUCACAAGACAGGCAAGUUCUAUCUUCAAGACACUAAAAGUAGUAAUGGUACCUUUAUUAAUAGCCAGAGACUGAGUAGAGGGUCUGAGGAGAGCCCACCAUGUGAGAUAAUGUCAGGUGACAUCAUCCAGUUUGGUGUAGAUGUGACGGAGAACACACGGAAAGUUACUCAUGGAUGUAUAGUCUCCACAAUCAAACUGUUUCUUCCAGAUGGAAUGGAAGCUCGAUUGCGAUCUGAUGUUAUCCAUGCUCCAUUACCAAGUCCUGUUGAUAAGGUUGCUGCUAACACGCCCAGUAUGUAUUCUCAGGAAUUGUUUCAGCUUUCACAGUAUCUACAGGAAGCCUUACAUCGGGAACAAAUGUUGGAACAGAAGCUGGCAACCCUUCAGCGACUACUUGCUGUUACGCAAGAGGCUUCAGAUACUAGUUGGCAGGCUUUAAUAGAUGAAGACAGGCUGCUAUCAAGGCUAGAAGUUAUGGGUAAUCAGUUACAAGCAUGUUCAAAGAAUCAAACAGAAGACAGUAUACGAAAAGAGCUUAUAGCAUUACAAGAAGACAAACACAACUAUGAGACAACAGCCAAAGAGUCCCUGAGGCGGGUCCUACAGGAGAAAAUUGAAGUGGUCAGAAAGCUGUCUGAAGUGGAGCGGAGUUUAAGUAAUACAGAAGAUGAAUGUACUCACCUGAAAGAAAUGAAUGAGAGGACUCAGGAAGAAUUAAGAGAGUUAGCUAAUAAGUACAAUGGAGCUGUAAAUGAAAUUAAAGAUCUUUCUGACAAGCUAAAGGUUGCAGAAGGAAAACAAGAAGAAAUCCAACAGAAAGGACUGGCAGAGAAAAAGGAAUUACAGCAUAAGAUAGAUGAAAUGGAAGAAAGAGAACAAGAGCUUCAAGCAAAAAUAGAAGCUUUGCAGGCUGAUAAUGACUUCACCAAUGAGCGGCUAACUGCUUUACAAGUACGGUUAGAACAUCUUCAGGAGAAAACUCUUAAAGAACACAGCAGCUUAGGCAUACAAGUUGAUGACUUCAUACCUAAAAUUAAUGGGAGCACACAAAAAGAGCACUUUCUUUCAAAGAGUGGAGGGGACUGCACUUUUAUUCAUCAGUUCAUAGAAUGUCAGAACAAGAUCAUAGAUGAAGGACAUCUAACCAAAGUGGAAGAAACAAAGCUUUUGAAAGAGAACCAAGCAAGAGUGAGAGAGUCAGAUUUGUCAGACACUCUUAGUCCAAGCAAGGAAAAAAGCAGCGACGACACUACAGUGUUUUUUUUCCCAGAUGCCCAAAUGGAUGACCAAGAUUUGAAUGAACCUAUUGCUAAAGUAGCUCUUCUGAAAGAUGAACUUCAGGGUGCACAAUCAGAGACUGAGGCUAAGCAAGAAAUUCAGCAGCUGCACAAGGAGCUGAUUGAAGCCCAAGAGCUAGCUAGAACAAGUAAACAAAAAUGCUUUGAACUUCAAGCACUAUUGGAAGAAGAGAGAAGAGCAUAUAGAGUGCAAGUUGAAGAAUCUAACAAGCAAAUAAAUGUUCUGCAAGCUCAGCUACGGAGGUUACAAGAAGAUAUUGAGAAUCUUUGUGAGGAGAAGGAGAGUGAAAUUUCUAGCACUCGAAAUGAACUAGUCAGUGCUCAAAAUGAAAUUCUGUCCCUUCAACAAGUAGCAGAAAAGGCAGCAUCAGAACGAGACACAGAUAUUUCUGCGUUGCAAGAUGAACUACAAACUGUGCGAGCAGAAUUGGAGCGGUGGCGGAAAGAUGCCUCGAAUUAUGAAAAAGAAAUUGUCAGUCUACAAGCCAGUUUUCAGCUUAGAUGUCAGCAGUGUGAAGAGCAGCAUAAGGAGGAGGCCGCUCGUUUGAAAGGAGAACUUGAAAAGUUGAAGGCAGAGUGGACUGCUCUGGAAGCUGAAUGUGUUACGCUAAGGAAGGAAAACACUUCACUUGCAUCUGAGCUUCAGCAACAAGAGAAGGAGCUUUCUAGCUCUCAGAAGCAGAGUUUAGCUCUAACCAGCAAUAUAAGUGUUCUUGAAAUGUCUCGAAAAGAACUUGAAGAUCAGAUGGGAUCUUUGAGAGAAAAACAUCAGCAGGACGCAGCCAGUCUAAAAAGCCAGCUCAGUGAAGCUGAGAGUCAAGCAAAGGAUGUUCAGAAAGAGUAUGAAAGAACACAGACAGUGCUCUCAGAACUGAAAGCGAAGUAUGAGAUGGCUGAACAAGAAAAACAGUCAAUCACAGAAGAGCUUAAACAGUGUAAAGAGAACCUGAAGCUGCUGCAAGAAAAAGGAAACAACCCUUCCAUAUUACAACCCGUCCCAGCCGUAUUCAUCGGCCUAAUCCUGGCUUUCCUGUAUUGGUGUUACGGCCCAUUGUGGUAGCGAAAGAGACAAUGGCCUUGGAUGCCUGUGAUGGCAGCUUUGGUUGCUGUGACAGCCGUGGUGCUGUACCCAGGCCUAACCAGAGCUUCUCCAUGAGAACUGUUGUUGAAUCCAUACACCGUCCUCCCUUUAGAAGCUGGCAACAUUCAUAUACUGAGGGAAAACAGAUUAAUUCUCUUCCUUUUUUUUUUUUUUUUUUUUUUUUUUUUUAA